CGCGCUCCGCAUCUCGCAUCUGUCAGUCGCUCCUUCGUUGCCGGCGGAACAAGAUGGCGGCUCGGGUUAUGCAAGCUGCGAGAUGUCCCACGGAUGAACUCUCCUUAAGCAACUGUGCGGUGGUCAACGAGAAGGACUUUCAGCCUGGCUUGCAUGUACUUGUGAGGACCUCCCCGAACCACAAAUACAUUUUUACGCUAAGAACUUAUUCCUCUGUUGUCCCAGGCACCAUCGCCUUCAGUUUACCUCAGAGAAAAUGGGCUGGACUUUCUAUCGGGCAAGACAUUGAUGUUUCCGUGUAUAACUUUGAUAAGGCCAAGCAGUGCGUUGGCACGAUGACUAUUGAGAUAGACUUCCUGCAGAAGAAGAGCGUCGACUCCAACCCGUAUGAUUCUGACAAAAUGGCAGCCGAGUUCAUCCAGCAGUUCAACAACCAGGCGUUCUCCGUGGGGCAGCAGCUUGUGUUCAGCUUUAACGACAAGCUUUUUGGCCUCUUGGUCAAGGACAUUGAAGGCAUGGAUCCCAGCAUCCUUAAAGGAGAGCCUGCCACAGGGAAAAAACAGAAGAUCGAAGUUGGUCUUGUUGUUGGCAACAGCCAGGUUGCGUUUGAAAAGGCUGAGAACUCCUCCCUCACUCUCAUUGGCAAAUCCAAAACCAGGGAAAAUCGCCAGUCGAUCAUCAACCCUGACUGGAACUUUGAGAAGAUGGGCAUUGGGGGUCUUGAUAAGGAGUUCUCUGACAUCUUCCGGCGGGCCUUUGCCUCCCGAGUGUUCCCACCUGAGAUUGUGGAGCAGAUGGGCUGCAAGCACGUCAAAGGCAUCCUGUUGUUUGGUCCCCCUGGCUGCGGCAAGACCCUUAUGGCCAGGCAGAUUGGGAAGAUGCUGAAUGCCAGAGAGCCGAAAAUAGUGAACGGGCCGGAAAUCCUCAACAAAUACGUUGGAGAGUCAGAGGCCAACAUUCGCAAGCUCUUUGCAGAUGCAGAAGAAGAACAGAAGAGGCUUGGCGCAAACAGCGGCGUCCACAUCAUCAUCUUUGAUGAAAUCGAUGCCAUAUGCAAGCAACGCGGGAGCAUGGCAGGCAGCACCGGCGUCCACGACACGGUUGUGAACCAGCUGCUGUCAAAAAUCGAUGGGGUCGAGCAGCUAAACAACAUCUUGGUCAUUGGAAUGACCAACAGGCCGGACCUGAUAGAUGAGGCUCUCCUGCGACCUGGGCGACUGGAGGUGAAAAUGGAGAUUGGUUUGCCGGAUGAAAAGGGCCGGCUGCAGAUUCUUAACAUCCACACCUCAAGGAUGCGGACCCACGAUCUGUUGGCUCCAGAUGUUGACAUUUCGGAGCUGGCUGUGGAAACCAAGAACUUCAGUGGCGCUGAGCUUGAGGGUCUGGUCCGCGCAGCACAAUCCACUGCUAUGAACAGACACAUCAAGGCCACCACCAAAGUGGAAGUUGACAUGGAGAACGCAGAGUGCCUGCAGGUGACAAGGGUAGACUUCAUGACUUCUCUGGAGAAUGACAUCAAGCCGGCGUUUGGGACCAAUCAGGAGGAUUAUGCAAGCUACAUCAUGAACGGCAUCAUGAAAUGGGGUGACCCUGUCACUCGGGUGCUGGAGGACGGGGAGCUUCUUGUUCAACAGGCCAAAAACAGUGACCGUACCCCGUUGGUCAGCGUCCUUUUGGAAGGUCCCCCACACAGCGGAAAGACGGCCUUGGCUGCAAAGAUUUCAGAAGAAUCUAACUUCCCAUUUAUCAAGAUCUGCUCUCCAGAUAAGAUGAUCGGCUUUUCAGAAACUGCCAAAUGCCACGCGAUGAAGAAGAUCUUUGAGGAUGCUUACAAGUCUCAGCUCAGCUGCGUGGUGGUGGAUGACAUUGAAAGACUCCUAGAUUACGUCCCGAUCGGCCCACGGUUCUCCAACCUGGUGUUGCAGGCUCUUCUGGUGUUGCUGAAGAAAGCGCCCCCUCAUAUCUACAAUAUCCAGGACAUCUCGAAUGGCAGCAAUAACGUUCAGUAGCCAGGCGUCAUUCCCGAUCGGAGAAAGGUGAACGCCAUCAUCGCGAUAAAGGGCUGCUUCACUUCGUUUUAAGGUGGGAUGCUGUAUAACCCGGCCAUUCAAGGAUAACACUCUGCGGGCCACGACUGAGUUCAAAAGCCUCCUGGAUUUGUUCAAGGCUUUGGGGCACCGGCCAUCACGCCAACAGCGCCUUUCCAGCAAAGAGGACCACAGUAACGUCAUCCGCGGGAAGCUCUCCCUCAUAACGUCAAAAUCUUUGAAUAUAUGUUUCCUCAAAUCGACCGCGUUGCGAUAAGCCAGGUCGUUUUCACCGAGUUGCACAAUCAGGACAUCUGGGGGACCAAGUGAAGCAGCCCGAGCCUGGAUGAUCGGCAGCAACUCGAUCCAGCGCAUACCCCUUCUGGAUAUCCAGGAAACCUCCACAUUUUCUGGGAGGCCGAGCCCGCAUCCCAGACCAACUUCGAUUGCUCUUCUCUGGGCCCAGUGCACUAUGCUGUGCCCCGCUAUCCAAACCCGGAUGAAAUGGUAACCUGAAACAUAAAGAUGAAAAGUCGGAUCAGCACUGCCAGCAGAGUCACCAGAGUCAACCUACGUACGAAUGUACCUUUUGUAAGCAUUCGACUUCCAUCUCCCUAUCUCCUGGAUCCUUUCCGAUGACAAGCCUAGGUGCAUAGCGGAAGUGGCAGCGCCAAUUCUAAAGGAGUGGGCAGAAAAUUCGGUGGGGUUGUACCCGCAAGCCGCAAUGGCUUUGCGAAGUACCCUGGUAAACUGUUGACGAGUGAGCCGAGCACCCUCAUGGUGAAUGAGUAACGGGCCAGGACCCGGCGGACGGAGAUAAAGAUACCGUCUAGUGUCCUUCACUGGACAAGGACCAGAGGCGGCUGUUGCCGGGAGGCGAAUGCUAGCGCCUCUCCCCCUCUGGUCCGUCUUUGAGUGGCGGACGUGCACAAUAACUUGGGUUUCGGACAGUGAUAGAUCCUGCAAUAAUAGACCCCGGGUGACACCAUCGGGGUGGUCCUCACACACCACUUCCCCGACCCUAAGGGCCCCGAAGUAAGCUAUCGAAAAGGCUGCGGAAAACAGUCGUGCUUCAAACUUGGACCAACAAAGAGUUCUCAAUUGCCUGUGGAUUUGGGUAAGCAUCUCAAAUGUGAUGGGCCGCCUGGAAUCGGCAACGGGGGGCUGCAGCCUACGCCAGCCUUCCAUUGCUCUACGCAAAUGGAAGUUGUCGCACGGGUCGGUGAGAUAAAGAGAUUUCGAGAAAAAGGUGAUAGCUGCAGUGUGGGUGCCAAGAGUCUUGGCGGCGCGACCCAGCCCUCUGAGGUAUACCACGUAUUGCAUAACCUCCUCGGGGGUUGGUGGACUCUCGAGGCGCACACCAGCGCCCUUCUGCCGGAAGGCGAGGAAGUCCGCCCAAGCCCGUUUAUAGGAGCUGAGGGUGGCGGGGGCCACGGAAGCAAAUACUCCCUUUAGGAUCUCCCGUUUCCAAGGUUCCAUAGGUGUUCCGGGAACCUCUCUGGACACUGCUGCGCAUCUGGUGCUAAUGAGCGGAAGCGGUCCAUCUGGAAACGAGACAAAGCAUCUGCGAUAUUAUUAUUCUGCCCCGGCACGAAUUUGGCUGAGAAGUGCAUAUUUAACUCGAGACUGCGCAGCACAAAAUGACGUAGGAGGGCUGACACCCUCUCCGACCGCGACGAUUGCCUGGUAAGCACACUGACUACCGCUUGAUUGUCCGUGUUGAAGCAGACUCUUCGGUUCCUGAAGUCGUCCGACCAAAGAUGCACUGCUACCACUAUGGGAAAGAAUUCUAGAAAUGUUAAAUCCCGAGUAAUGUCUGUGUUUUUCCAACUGGGAGGCCAAGGUUCCGCACACCAUCUCCCUCUGAAAUAUACCCCGAAACCCAAUGCGCCCGCUGCGUCAGAAUGAAUCUGAAAGUCCGAAUAUAGAGUAAUGUUAUCCUGCCAUAAAGAUACACCAUUGUAGUGCUCUAAAAAGGAUAGCCAGUUCACCAGGUCCGCUUUCACUCCUUUAGGUAAGCGAGCCCUAUGAAACGGUCGGGUUAGUCCUACAGUGAGCCUGGCAACCCUCAGGCAAAAGGGGCGUCCAGGUGAGAUUACUCUACAAGCGAAAUUAAGGUGCCCUAGUAGCGAUUGAAUUUGCCUCAAGGUGACUUUUUUGCGGGGGAUAAGCUGUCUAAUCAAUUCCCUAAGGGCUGUGAGUUUUUCAGCCGGCAAACGCGAGGUUUGGGCUACCGUAUCCAAUUCAAUGCCUAAAUACGUCAAACGAGACACAGGUCCUUCAGUUUUUUCAGCUGCUAGCGGCACCCCCAGUUCACUUGUAAGGGCAGCAAAGGCCUCCAUGAGGUCUGCGCAAUCAGUACUGUGUGCUCCCCCCACGAAAAGGAAGUCAUCCAGGUAGUGUGUGACACCCGAUAGACCAGUCCUAGCACGAAGGGCCCAGUCCAGGAAUGUGCUAAAUGUUUCAAAGGCCGAACAAGCGACGGAACAUCCCAUGGGCAUAGCUUUGUCGAUGAAAUAAGCGCCCUCGAACCUAAAACCCAACCAUUUGUAGUCGUGGGGGUGUACAGGAAGGAGGCGGAAGGCCGAUUCGAUAUCGCACUUCGCCAUCAUGGCCCCUUUGCCGAACUGGCGAACCAGCUUCACAGCGUGGUCAAAGGAGGCGUAUUUUACCGUACAAAGCUCUUGCGGGAUACCGUCAUUAACUGAGCUACCCCUAGGGUGAGAGAGAUUAUGAAUCAACCUGAAUUCUCCCGGGGCCUUUUUAGGAACUAUGCCCAGCGGGGAAAUGUGAAGGUUAGCUAUAGGUGGAGUUAAAAAUGGGCCCGCGACCCGGCCCGCCGAUAGUUCUUUAUUUAUUUUCUUGAUGGCUAUGUCGGGUCGCUCCCUAACUGACUUUUGAUUUGGUGGGUCAGUUGUGGAAGGCGGGAUCUGGACAGGGAUGCGAAACCCUAAAGAGAAACCCUCCUCAAGGUACACUGCCGCAGAUCUGUUAGGGUAUAGGGCUAGCAAUUUUUUUAAGGGAUUUAAUUUAACUGGGGAGUAGGCCUUGACUAAAGAACAGUUAGAAUCUAUUCUGACCUGAGGUUGCCCCGUGGGAGGCACCGGGGGGGUAUCUGGGGCCCUGGUGAGAAUUGCCCCUGGCCCCCCGAAAGGACUGUUUCCCCUUGAAGCAGGAUACCCCCGGAUGCUGACCCAAGCACUUCUCACACUCGUGAGUAUAUUUGCAGUUGGGCCUCUGGCAUAGUCCUUUAUUGAACUCCCAACAGACCCUACGCCGCGGGUCUUUUUUGGGCUCAAACCUGCCUGCUUUCGGGGGGUCAGUUUGUUUCUUCUCCACAUACGGCACUACAUGGUUACUCCAGUAGUGUUGGUGUCGUUGGUCCCAACGCGUUUUUGGGUUUUUUGAAGCAUUCCUGCGGAAGUCUUCGUCGUAGUUCAAAGCUGCCGUCUCCCCUGCCAUCUUGUGAGCCAACCUAACGUCGGCCAUGUAUGCAAACAGGUGCACCGCUCGCUUUGGGUAAGCCGCCGAGAUCACGGCCGCCCAAAUGUGUAUGCCCUCUAGCCAAUUCUCGAAAGUGCGGUCGGCACGAGGCGUCCUAUAUCGCCGACCCCUGUAAUCCCGGCGCUUCUCCCCUUUCCCCAUCAUCUGAGUCAGAGGAAGAAUGGUGAACACAUCGAUAUAGUCCCCAUUUAAAAAUUUUUCCCUCUUUUUGUCUGACAGAUGAGAACCCAAAAGGAUAUCUGUGUCCGAGUUCGUGGCGUACUUUUCGUCGGGAAUUAACGCACCGUCGCGCCACUCCAGUGUACCCCUAAAUGACUUGCGAUGGGAGCUGGCCCUCCUUUUAUGCACCCAGAGGGGGAAACCCAUCUGGUCUUCCCCCACACCCCAAUAAUCCUCCAUAGGGAUUUCGCAUUCCGAAUCCGAGGACGUACCUGUGUCGUCAUCCGAAUCGUCUCUUCUGCUCCUCUUACGUUUCUCCGACUUUUUCUUCGCCUUUCCUCCAUGGCGUCGGUCAUCUCCGUCCCGCGACUCCGCGACUCCGCCAGACGCGCGCCCCGCCGCCUCGUCAUCCGUGGUC